AUGGACAACAUCUUGAAUAUUCUACAGACCAUUCAUAUUGGUGAAGUCGUUGCAACUUUCCUUUUCAACACUGGACGUCUUAUAAAAGCAGUAUACAUCUUUAACGAAUGUUUGGCGCUCCUUAACAGCAAAUCCCUAGAGACGAUCAAAGAACUUUCCACACCACGAGUUAUCAAUGUAUACCGUAAACUUCUUCAUGGCUAUACUCUUAUGUACGAUCAUACCCGUGCGAUAGAAUGUGGUAAAAAACUUUAUGUGACGCUGCACGAUAGUGGCCACAAAGAACAAGAAGGGAUAAUAUUACUUGUACUAGCGAGCAUCUACUGUAAAAGAAGCAAAUACGAGGAAGCAAAACAGUUUAUCGAGAAGGCACUCAGCAUCAUGAUUGAGACUGGGAACAAUCAGGGAGUUGGAAUAUGUUACGGAAUUCUAGGAACUGUUUUUCUAUCUGUUGAUCAAUAUACCAAGGCUGAAGAAUACCUUCAGAGAGCACUCAUGAUCAACAAAGAAAUCGGUGACAGAGAAGCAGAAGCAUCUGCUUACGGAAAGCUAGGAGUUAUGUUCAGAUAUGUUGGUCAAUAUACCAAGGCUGAAAAAUACCUUCAGAAAGCACUGGUGAUCAACAAAGAAAUCGGUGACAGAGAAGGAGAAGCAGCAGAUUACGGAAAUCUGGGAACUGUGUUCCAAUCUGUUGGUCAAUAUACCAAGGCCGAAGAAUACCUUCAAAAAGCACUAGUGAUCAGCAAAGAAAUCGGUGACAAAGAAGGAGAAGCAGCAGUUUACGGACAUCUAGGAUCUAUGUUCCUAUCUGUUGGUCAAUAUACCAAGGCCGAAGAAUACCUUCAAAAAGCUCUAGUGAUCAGCAAAGAAAUCGGUGACAAAAAAGGAGAAGCAUCAAAUUACGGAAAUCUAGGAAAUGUGUGGCAAUCUGUUGGUCAAUAUACCAAGGCUGAAGAAUACCUUCAAAAAGCACUAGUGAUCCAGAGCGAAAUCGGUGACAAACAAGGAGAAGCAUCUGCUUACGGAUGUCUAGGAACCGUGUUCCAAUAUGUUGGUCAGUAUACCAAGGCUGAAAAAUACCUUCAAAAAGCUCUAGUGAUCAGGAAAGAAAUCGGUCACAAACACGGAGAAGCAUCAGAUUACGGAAAUCUAGGAACUCUGUUCCAAUCUGUAGGUCAAUAUACCAAGGCAGAGGAAUACCUUCAAAAAGCGCUAGUAAUCAGGAAAGAAAUCGGUGACAAACAAGGAGAAGCAUCUGCUUACGGAAAUCUAGGUACUGUGUUGCAAUCUGUUGCUCAAUAUACCGAGGCUGAAAAAUACAUUCAAAAAGCGCUAGUGAUCAGGAAAGAAAUCGGUGACAAAAAAGGAGAAGCAGCAGGUUACGGAAAUUUAGGAACUGUGUUUAAAUUUGUUUGUCAAUAUACAAAAGCUGAAGAAUACCUUCAGAAAGCACUCGUGAUCAGGAAAGAAAUCGGUGACAGACAAGGAGAAGCAGCAGAUUGCCGAAAUCUAGGAAGUGUGUUGCAAUCUGUUGGUCAAUAUACCAAGGCUGAAGAAUACCUUCAAAACGCACUAGUGAUCACGAAAGAAAUCGGUGACAAACAAGGAGAAGCAUCUGCUUACGGAAAUCUGGGAACUGUGUUUCAAUCUGUUGGUCAAUAUACCAAGGCAGAAGAAUACCUUCAAAAAGGUCUAGUGAUCAGGAAAGAAAUCGGUGACAAACAAGGAGAGGCAUCAGAUUACGUAAAUCUAGGAACUGUGUUUAAAUCUGUUGGUCAAUAUACCAAGGCUGAAGAAUACCUUCAGAAAGCACUAGUGAUCAGCGAAGAAAUCGGUGACAAAGAAGGAGAAGCAUCAGCCUUCGGAUUUCUGGGAACUGUCUUCCGAUCUAUUAGUCAGUUUGACAAGGCGAAAGAAUACCUUCAAAAAGCACUAGUGAUCACGAAAGAAAUCGGUGACAAACAAGAAGAAGCAUCUGCUUACGGAAAUCUGGGAGAUGUGUUUGCAUCUGUUGGUCAAUAUACCAAAGCUGAAGAAUUCCUUCAGAAAGCACUGGUGAUCAGGAAAGAAAUAGGUGACAAACACGGAGAGGCAUCAGAUUACGUAAAUCUAGGAACUGUGUUUAAAUCUGUUGGUCAAUAUACCAAGGCUGAAGAAUACCUUCAGAAAGCACUCAUGAUCAACAAAGAAAUCGGUGACAAAGAAGGAGAAGCAACAGCUUACGGACGUCUGGGAAGUGUCUUCCUAUCUGAUAGUCAAUUUGACAAGGCGAAAAAAUACCUUCAAAAAGCGCUAGUGAUCAGGAAAGAAAUCGGUGACAAAAAAGGAGAAGCAGCAGAUUACGGAAAUCUAGGAACUGUGUUCCGAUCGGUUGGUCAAUAUACCAAGGCUGAAGAAUACCUUCAAAAAGCACUGACGAUCUCUGAAGAAAUCGGAGACAAAGUUGGUGUUGGAGUUUCAUACUUAAAUCUGGGAAACCUUUGUCGAGAACUUCAGCUUUUUGCAAAGAGUAAAGAAUUUGCUAAUAAAGCAUUUGAGAUAAGUUACGAAAUAGGAGACCUUGAAUUGCAGUUUAACAGCCACCUUACCGUUGCACUAAACGCGAUAGCGGCGGGAGGAAGCAUAAAUGAACUUGUGGUGCGCAAUCUCUAUGAAAGCAUUCAAAAGUGCGAAGAAAUGUUUGAUUUUUUCAGAAUGAAAGAUCAAUUCAAAAUUUCUUUUUUUGAUGAACAUGUGUUCCCUUACCUUCUUCUUGGUAGGUUGUUGACUGCUAGAGGCAGUUAUUGUGAAGCUCUUUACGUUGCCGAGCUUGGACGGUCCAGAGCACUUGCAGACAUACUGUCAGAUAAGUACUCUGUGGAAAAAGAGCUAUCAGUGAACCCACAGUCAGGGGUUGGUGUUGAGAAUAUCAUGAGCAAAAAUGCCCUUAGUUCCUGUUUAUACUUAUCCUGUUUUUAUGAUGUUAUGCAUUUUUGGAUCCUUAAGCCAAACAAAACCAUAGUUUUCCGAGAAACGAAACUGCUCAUGGUUAUGAGGAACGUGGAGAAAUUGCUCUUUCCCCUAUGAGCUCGUGCGGAACCCCGCACGAAGAGGACUAUUUACUGACGAUGGCUGAAAUUUCACAGGUUCGACUGACUGCCAAGCUGGUUGUCCUUAGUUGUUGUCAUAGUGCUCAUGGCCAAGUGAGAGCUGAAGGAGUUGAUGGAAUUGCUCGAGCAUUUCUAGCAUCGGUUGCACGCGCCGUGCUGGCAACACUGUGGGCUGUAGAGGACAAAGCUACCAUGCAGUUUAUGAAUCAUUUUUACGAGCACCUUGUUUGUGGUGAGAGUGCAAGUGAAUCUCUUCACCAGGCCAUGAAAUGGAUGAGAGAGAAUCGCUUCUCUGACGUUGAGCAGUGGGCGCCGUUUAUUCUGAUUGGAGAUGAUGUGACAUUCAAAGGUUAG